CGUAAAGGUCUGCUCGGUCUCGAGCUUUUAUAAUACUUGUGACCCUCCUGGUCGUGUGUGCUCGAGAUCAGUGCCCGCCCUCGUCCCCAAUCUACGCAGCAUAACAAUUUUGAAGUCUCAAAAAUGGCCGACCUCGAUCUCGUGGAGAAAGGCCCCGAGCCUGAUUUGGCCAGGACUAGCUUCGAUGCCUCCCAAGGCAGAAUCGAACUCCCCCGUGCGCCGACUGCCUGGGGUCGCUUCGUCGACAGCUUCAAGAGAAACCCCAAUGCUCGAAUGACGACACAAGCCAUCGAUGCCAACGGCAACAUGCUUAAAGAUCAACCGCCGGCGGAACCAGCUUUGUCCAUGGCCCUGAAAGGUAGACAUCUUCAAAUGAUAGCCAUUGGUGGUUCGAUCGGAACAGGUCUCUUCGUCGGUUCAGGAUCCGCGCUGGCUGCUGGUGGCCCUGCUUCGUUGAUCAUCGCAUAUGGCCUGAUCGGAGUCAUGUUGUACUGUGUGGUUCAAGCCCUUGGUGAACUUGCUGUGGCUUUCCCCGUAGCUGGUGCAUUCUCGGUCUAUGCGAGUCGGUUUGUUGAUCCAGCAUGGGGUUUCGCCAUGGGAUGGAAUUAUGCUUUACAAUGGAUGGUGACUCUUCCUCUUGAAAUCGUGGCAGCAUCUCUCACCCUCGAAUUCUGGUCAGGCAGCCGAGACGUCAACGGCGCUGCUUGGGUCACGAUCUUCCUUUUCGCAAUCAUUAUCAUCAAUUUCUUCGGUGUUCGUGGGUACGGCGAGGUAGAAUUCGUCCUGUCCAUCAUCAAGGUCGUCGCUGUGAUCGGGUUUUGCAUUCUCGGCAUCAUCAUCAACACUGGUGGCGUUCCAGGCAGUGACCGAGGCUACAUUGGAGCAGAGUACUGGCACAACCCAGGCGCGUUCAACGCUGGAUUCAAGGGCCUCUGCUCAGUCUUCGUCACAGCUGCAUUUUCAUUCUCAGGAACCGAACUUGUCGGUCUGGCGGCUGCUGAGACGGAAAACCCGCGACGCACCCUGCCUAGCGCCGUCAAACAGGUGUUUUGGCGAAUUGCACUGUUCUACAUGGUUUCACUCACCAUUGUGAGCGUCCUUGUGCCAUACGACGACCCUAAGCUCCUGAACGGAAGCAGCUCGUCUGAUGCAAACGCCUCCCCCUUCGUCAUCGCCGUUCGCAAUGCCGGUAUCCAGGCAGUGCCCUCGAUCAUGAACGUUGUCAUUCUUAUCGCGGUCCUGUCCGUCGGCAAUUCUUCAGUCUACGGUUCGAGCAGAACACUUGCCGCCCUCGCCGAUAUGGGGCAGGCCCCCAAGAUCCUCGGUUACAUCGAUCGCUCUGGAAGGCCACUCGUGGCCAUUGUCGUCUCCUCGGCUCUCGGUUUCCUGUGCUACAUUGUCGCCGCGGGUUCCGCCACCAGUGCACAGGCCUUCAACUGGAUGAUAGCCAUCAGCGGGUUGGCGGCCAUCUUUACCUGGUGAGAUUCAUCCUAUCCUCUAAGCCUUUGUCCCCUCGAAAGGGUUCGUACGUACUAACGAGUCAUCCUUCUACUUUUAGGGCAACCAUCUGCAUCUGUCACAUUCGCUUCCGCCAAGCCUGGCAUCUCGCCGGCAACACCGUCGACGACCUAGCGUUCAAGUCACAAGCCGGUGUCUACGGCUCGUGGAUCGGUUUGAUCAUGAAUUGCUUGAUCCUCGUCGCACAGUUCUGGACAGGCUUUGCCCCCGUCGGAUACGCCGACAUGUCGGCGUCCGAGCGUGUCAAGGGGUUCUUUGAGGUCUACCUCGCGGCUCCCAUCGUGAUUGUCAUGUACAUUGGCUACAAGCUGUGGUACAGGACCAAAUUCCGCAAGACUCGUGAGAUCGACAUCACGAGCGGAAGAAGAGAACUGAAUCUGAAGGAGAUCCUGGAAGAGGAGCGGAAGAUUCAAGCCGCUUGGCCCUGGUACAAGAAGGUUUGGAAGACGGUCUGUUAAAGCGCACUCGUGUGGCAUUUGAUUUAUAUAUACCCAUUAGACCGAUAUAAGAUAAUACAAAAGUGAUUUUUAGUGUA